AUGGAGCAGAAAAGCAAGAAUAAUAGCAGAAGAAUGCAGGCCGAAAACAAGAAUUCAUCAGAGGUUUUCGCUUCCUGCUCUUUCACCAGUCUCGGCAUUCACUCCACAUUAUGCGACCACCUAAAAGAGAGGCUGGGGUUCGAGGUCCCGACUCAGGUGCAGGCGCAGGCAAUUCCAGUUGUGCUGUCUGGCAGACACGUGCUUGUCAAUGCAGCAACCGGCAGUGGGAAAACCGUGGCGUAUUUGGCUCCAAUUGUUCAUAUGUUGCAGGAAGAUGAUCGAAGAAUCCAGCGCACAGAUGGCACGUUUGCGUUGGUUCUUGUGCCAACGCGUGAAUUAUGCAUGCAGGUGUAUGAAAUUCUGCAGAAGCUGUUACAGCGUUUCCAUUGGAUUGUUCCGGGCUAUAUCAUGGGUGGUGAAAACAGGUCAAAGGAAAAAGCUAGGUUAAGGAAAGGUGUGUCUAUACUUGUUGCCACUCCUGGACGUCUUUUGGACCACUUGAAGAAUACUUCAUCGUUUGUACAUACAAAUCUUCGCUGGCUUGUGUUUGACGAAGCUGAUAGGAUUCUGGAACUAGGGUAUGGGAAAGACAUAGAAGAGAUAAUUAAUUGUUUGGGCUCAAAAAAACAUAAUUCUGUCGGUGAGGGAACUGCAGUCCCGAAGCAGAAUUUGUUACUAUCAGCUACUCUGAACGAAAAAGUAAAUCAUCUUGCUAAUAUGAGUUUGGAAAAUCCUGUGAUGAUUGGUCUUGAUGACAAGAAGAUGCUGCAAAGUGGAAAUCACAAGCAUUUUUCAGUUGGGUCUGAUGAAUUUAAUGUAGUGGAGGAAUCCAGGAAACUGACUUCUUCUAUCGAGGAAUAUAAUCUUCCUUCUCAGUUAGUUCAGAGGUAUAUCAAAGUGCCAUGUGGUUCUCGACUUGUAGUGCUCCUUUCGAUUUUGAAGAAUCUCUUUGAGAAAGAUGCUUCCCAAAAGGUUGUGGUAUUUUUUUCAACUUGUGACGCCGUAGAUUUUCAUUACACCCUGCUAAGUGAAUUCCAGUGGUCGAAAUCACAAUCAGAGGCAGAAUCAAGACAGAUAUUCUUGAGAUGCAAAACUUUGCGGUUACAUGGAAGUAUGAAUCACGAGGAUCGCAAAAACACAUUCCAGAUGUUCAAAACCGAGAAAUCAGCCCUUCUUUUAUCCACGGAUGUUUCUGCCCGAGGCCUCGACUUUCCGAAAGUCAAGUGCAUCAUACAGUAUGAUUCCCCAGGCGAGGCUAUCGAGUAUGUUCACAGGGUUGGAAGAACUGCCAGGUUAGGCGAGAAGGGAGACUCUAUCCUCUUCCUACAACCAGUCGAAAUAGACUACUUGAAGGACCUCGAGAAACAUGGGGUGUCACUAACUGAGUAUCCACUCCAAAAACAUCUCAAUAGUUUGCCGUUGUACAAUCUGAAGCAACAUACCAAGAAGUUUGUUUCAAUAGAGAUGCAUCCAUGGGUUGUCGCCUUGCAAAGAGCAUUAGAAUCCUUUGUCUCAGCUACGCCGAAGAUGAAAAAAUUAGCUAUGGAUGCUUUCAGCUCAUGGAUCCGCGCAUACACUGCCCACCGUGGUGAGCUGAAACAGAUUUUUACUGUGAAAAAACUUCAUCUGGGCCACGUGGCCAAAAGCUUUGCAUUGAAAGAACAACCUUCAUUGGUUAACAAAUCCAUCCAGAAACAAAUUAAGAAAAGAAAAAGGGACGACAGACAGAAAGUCAAACCGAACAAGAGGAGGGUUAUCAGUAAACCCAAAUAG